CAAAAUGUCAGCAGUAGUGCCUUGAAGCCAACUUGGGUCCCUUAUGCCUCAACGGAGGCUGGUGAAGAAGUCUUGGUGUUCUCCCUGAAGCUCAUGACUGAUGACUGGUCCUAUGAGAGGCCUUCAAACUCUUACUUCCUGGGUGACGUUAUUAAUGCUGAGGCAUCUGUGAAGGUAUACAACCACGUCCCUCUGCGUGUGUUUGUGGACAGCUGUGUGGCCACCCAAGUACCUGAUGUGAACGCCCUUCCGAGAUAUUUGUUCAUUGAGAAUCAUGGAUGUCUUGUGGAUGCCAAGGUCACCGCUUCCAGCUCGCGCUUCAUGCCUCGAUCCCAGGAAGACAAAAUCCGGUUCCAGCUGGAGGCCUUCAUGUUCCAGGGGGGAUCCAGUCCUUCUAUCUACAUGACGUGUGUUCUGAAGGCCACUCUUGCUUCUGCACCUAGUGACGCGCUCCACAAAUCCUGUUCCUUUGCCAAUGGGUGGCUUGCUGCUGAUGGGAACAACCAGGUUUGUGGUUGCUGUGACUCAACAUGUGGUCCUGAUGGUGGAACUGCUGCUUCUCCUUUUGGAGGUAGGAAGGUGCUUUUAAGCUUGGUUUUUGACCCUUCAAGCACUUAACUUUGGUGUCUGCUU